UAGAGUCAUGAAUGCCGCUGUAGCGGUUGCGUGGAUCAUCGGCCUCAUGGCUGUCAUGAUGGCCAUAUCGAUUCAUAAGGUGGAGGAAGGACAUGUGGCUGUGUACUACCGUGGAGGAGCUCUUCUGCAUUCUACUGCCGGCCCAGGAUACCACGUGAUGAUUCCAUUCAUAACAACAUAUCGAUCUGUUCAGACUACUUUGCAAACUGAUGAAGUGAAAAAUGUUCCAUGUGGAACAGCGGGUGGUGUUAUGAUCUAUUUUGACAGAAUUGAGGUUGUUAACAUUCUGAACCGCGCUGCCGUAUAUGACAUUGUUCGAAACUUCUCCGCUGAUUACGAUAAAACUUUAAUCUUCAACAAGGUGCACCACGAGGUCAACCAAUUCUGCAGUGUCCAUUCACUGAGGGAAGUUUACAUAGAGCUUUUUGAUCAAAUUGAUGAAAAUCUAAAAACUGCAUUACAGGCUGAUAUUUACCAAAUGGCUCCUGGCCUUUUCAUCCAAGCUGUCAGGGUGACAAAGCCUAAAAUUCCAGAAACUAUCAGAAAGAAUUUUGAAGCAAUGGAAGCUGAGAAGACAAAGCUUCUCAUAUCAGUUGAGAAGCAGAAAGUUGUAGAGAAGGAAGCAGAAACAGAGCGGAAAAAGGCCGUAAUAGAAGCAGAAAAGAAUGCACAAGUGAAUGAAAUCCAGUGGGACCAAAAGAUAAUGCAACAAGAAAGUGAGCGCAAAAUAGCCGAAAUUCAGGAUAAAGCCUAUUUGGCGAGUGAGUUGGCGAAAGCGGAUGCUCUUUUAUAUAAAGCUAAGCAAGAAUCCGAGGCGAACAACUUGAAACUGACUCCCCAGUACUUGGAAUUGAAGAAGUACGAAGCUAUAGGAGCUAACUCGAAGAUUUACUAUGGAGCGGACAUACCUUCGAUGUUUUUCGAAGCGAAUACUCUGUCGCAGAAGGAAAGCACUAAAUCAGCCUGAUUAACCAUUCAACCGUACCUUAGACUGCGAAGAAAUGUGCUUAAAUGACGUAAGUUGCUGUAUGUGACAUUUUCUAUAGCUUUCAAAUGAUUAUUUCUGUUCCAAAUUUCAAAUAAAUCGACCCUGCGUUUGUUCGAGAUUUUUUCUGUGAUUGCUGUUGUUUAUUGAUACCAGUCAAAAGUGUUUCCUAAAAUUUCAGUGUAAGCUGCUAUAAAUUCAUUUAAUCGAAGAUUUAAUAUUGCUUUCAAAUAUUUUCUGUGUUUACCUUUAUGUAUGUUCCCUUCGAUUCUUUCUCAUACUUAUCAAUUUAAAUCUAAAUUUCAA